AUGGAAAAAGAUGACCCUUGGAAAUGGUAUGAUGGGCAGUGGACAGCUAACAAGAGGUGCGAGAGCAGCCUCAGCAGUGAGUCCUUCUUCAUUGGGACACUGAGGCUCUCAUGUGAUGCAUCCAAAUGGAGGGUCUGUGAGCUCGUCACUCAAAGCGUCAUGGAUCCUUGGGUUGGCUGUGCUGAGGGAACAUUUUCCAGCCCUGCUUCUGUUUCGGUCCACACCUUGAGACCAUCAGAGGUCAAGGUUGUUGCAAUGAUGGGAGAUUCGCUAAUUGCAGGUUCAACACAGGCCACUGAACAAACGGCGAGGAUCGGUGAGGAUCCAUCUCCCAGGAUGCAAGGUUCCUUUCCAGAUAUUUUGAAAUCAUUUAAUCCUGACCUUAUUGGAUACUCUUCAGACAACAGAAACCACGACAAUUCACUGGACCAGUCUACUCUGAGAGUGAAAGCUGAGGAAUUGCCGGGGCAGGCUCUAAAACUGGUGAACAGUUUAAAAAGUCAACCGGAAUAUUACUCACCAGAAAAUGUUGCAUUCAGAAUUAAAGAGGCUCUGGAUAUACUGUAUCAAGAGGUGCCUCGAACCUUCGUGAAUGUUGUGGAGAUGCAGGACAUCGACCUCCUCCUCCAACACUACGACCUGGGACUCUCCACAAAUGAACCAAGGAAUUUUUGUGACUGCCUGGUCAAACUCCACAACUCAGGAAAGUUAUCGGCAUACAACAUUAGCAGGGACUACAGGAAUGCCCUUCAGGAACUGGUGUAUUCCGGGAUCUAUGACAAGCGCGAGGAUUACACGGUGGUUCUGCAACCCUUCCUUAGGAACCUGGAGCUUCCACUCACUGCAGAAAUGCCCUACCUCUUCACUUACCAGAAUAGCGACUAUGGAGUGAACCUGCGAGCAGAGGCCAGAAGCUCAGGUUUGAAGGAUUUUGGCAGUGAAGUGACUUGUACGGAGAGGGCGCCAUCUGAUACUGUUCCAGUCUCAGUCCACAAGCUCAGACCGGCAGACAUAAAGGUGAUUGCUGCCCUUGGAGACUCUAUCACAGCAGGUAAUGGGGCAGGAUCAAAGCCCAAUGACCUAGUUGGCGUUCUCACCCAGUUCAGAGGUCUCUCAUGGAGCAUCGGGGGAGACAAGAAUAUAACAACUGUUACCACACUGACAAACAUUCUCCGAGAGUUUAACCCUUCUUUGAUUGGAUACUCCACUGAUACUGGUCAUCAAGACACCCCACAGGCUUUCCUGAACCAGGCUGUUAUGGGAUCUGUUACUGGGGACUUGAUGGCCCAGGUCAAGAGAAUCUUGCAGCUUAUGAAAAAUGAUUCGAGAAUCAAUUUUCAGGAAGAUUGGAAGAUAAUUACCCUGUUUGUUGGAGGGAAUGAUCUUUGUGAUUAUUGCAAGAAUACUUGGUCCAGUGCUCACAGCUCCAGUGACCUGGCUUCCAUCCUGACCUUUGAUGUUGCCUGUGUGAGAAGUGCAGCAAAGGUUCAUCAGACUGGCUCAAGUAUCUCAUUUGAAGAGGGACUGAGCAGGUUGAUUUGCAAGUGUGUCAUUAACCCUACGGACAACUCAGCACAGCUGAGUGAACUGAAAGCCCUAAAUCGGGAAUAUCAGAAGCGAACACACUUGUUGAUCGAAUCUGGAAGGUAUGAUACCAGAGAAGACUUCACCGUGGUCAUCCAGCCAUUUCUCGAGGACAGCCAAAUACCAAGAGACAAGCACGGCAUGCCCGAUAAAUCCUACUUUGCAGCAGACUGCUUUCAUUUCAACGUGAAGGCCCAUUCCCAGGCAGCGCGGAGUCUGUGGAAGAACUUGCUGGAACCGGUGGGCAGAAAGACAAUGAAUCAGUCAUUUGAUGAGCCCAUUUACCUCAGCUGUCCUUCAAAGGACGAGCCUUACUUGAGAACAUACAAAAACAGCAAUUAUACUUAUCCAAAUAACUCUGGGCAAGCGACCUCAGUGGCCCCCGUGAGCACCGAGACGACAGUUGCACCAUCGCACAAGCCAUCUAUGACACAAGUGUCCUUACAAACAACUCCAUCCAUCACUGGAACCACAAGAGAGCCCAGUCAGAUUUAUGGCAGUGAGCUGCUUUGCAAAGACAGGACUCCAUCAGAUGUCAUUCCAAACUCAGUUCAUUCUUUGAGACCAGCAGAUGUGAAAGUUAUCGCCGCAGUGGGAGACUCUCUGACGGCAGGCAACGGCAUAGGCUCGAAACCCAAUGACAUUCUGGAUGUGUUAACGCAGUACAGGGGGCUGUCCUUCAGUAUUGGAGGGGACGGAUCAUUGCGAAUCACCACAACUCUACCAAAUAUCCUCCGUGAAUUUAACCCUUCUUUGACUGGAUUUUCAACUGGGAAAGGGAAUCUUGAGAAGCCGAACGUAUUCCUGAAUCAGGCUUUCCCUGGAGCUUUGGCUGGAGAUCUUCCAGGUCAAGUGCGAAAAUUGCUGGACAUCAUGAAAAAUAACACGAAAAUUGAUUUUCAGAACGACUGGAAGAUCAUCAACCUGUUUAUCGGGGGCAACGACUUGUGCAAUUACUGCACUGAUUCGGCCCAUUUUUCUGGUAUAAACUUUGCUAAGCGGAUUGAGGAAGCACUGGAUAUCCUCCACAAUGAGGUUCCCAGGGCAUUUGUCAACUUAAUCGAGGUUUUGCAACUCAUUCCAUUGCGAAGCCUUUAUCAGGAUAAGAAGCUGAGCUGCCCCAGAACACUUAUGAGGAUGUUGUGCUACUGUGUCGUGAAGCCUAGUGAAAACUCUCCAGAGUUGGAGAUGAUGUCUGAAGCAAACAGGGCCUAUCAGCGCAGCACUCAGAUGCUUGUUGAAUCCGGCAGGUAUGACUCCCGAGAAGAUUUCACGGUCGUCUUGCAGCCUUUUUUCCGCCAUGUGCAGAUCCCAAUUUUAGAGAAUGGACAUCUGGACACCUCGUUUUUUGCCCCAGACUGUUUCCAUUUAAGUCAGAAGUUCCACACACAGAUGGCAAGAGCUCUCUGGAAUAACAUGUUACAACCAGUGGGUGAAAAGUCCGAUUUCCAAGAUGUUACAGCAAACAUCUCCCUGAGCUGCCCAUCACAGGAUCAACCCUUUCUUCGAACAUUCAGGAACAGCAACUAUACAUACCAAGGUGCAGAUCCAACCGCCGACCCCCCUGAGAAUUGGGGGAGUGACCUCGCCUGUGAGGAAAACCUACCGUCGGAAACAGUACCAACAUCGGUUCACAGAGUUCGGCCUGCUGAUGUUAAAGUCGUAGGAGCACUGGGGGACUCAAUAACCGUUGGAUUCGGAGCGCAGGCAAAGAAUUUGUUUCAAUUGCGAACUCAGUAUCAAGGUGUUUCAUGGAGCAUUGGUGGGGACAAAACACUUGAGGCUGUGACUACUCUUCCCAAUAUAUUGAAGAAGUUUAAUCCAAAUAUCUAUGGCUUUGCCUCAGGAAUUGGAAAACGGAAAAGCAAAUUCAAUGUGGCAGUCCCAGACUCAAAGGCCAAGGAUAUGGCAGAACAGGCCGGUAGUCUGAUCCAGCUGAUGAAGAAGAGUUCAAAAAUUAAUUUCGAAAAGGACUGGAAAGUGAUCACUCUCUUCAUCGGAGCCAAUGACCUGUGUGAUUACUGCAUGAAUAAGGAGACCUAUUCUGCUGAUAAUUACGUGAAACAUAUUCAGGAGGCACUGGAUAUCCUGCAGGAACAGGUGCCAAGAGCUUUUGUAAACAUCAUGCAAAUACUUGAGAUGAAAGGCAUUCGAAGGAUUAAGAAGAACACAAUCGGCUGUGCAUUGCUUCAGAAGAACAUCUGUCCCUGCUUUCUAAAGCUGCGAGAUGAUUCUCCUGAAUUGAGCGAAAUGUUAAGAGUUAACAGAGAGUAUCAGACCAAAUUGACUGCACUGAUUGACAGUGGAAGAUAUGACACAAGUGAAGACUUCACAGUUGUUUUGCAACCUUAUUUCACAAACACAAUCAUUCCAUUGAACAUAAUGGGCCUGCCAGAACUGGGCUUCUUUUCAGUAGAUUGCUUCCACUUAAGCGAACGAGGACAUGCCGAGAUGGCCAUUGGCCUAUGGAACAACAUGCUGGAACCAGUUGGACACAAGCAAAAUUACAACAAUUUCACCUAUGACAGAAACAAGCUGAAGUGUCCGAGCUCUGACUCACCUUACUUGUUCACGCGUAAAAACAGUGCAGAGGAACCAGAGGUCACACCUGGAAGUGAGGCGGAGCAGAGCAUUUGGGCGGCUGUACUCAUAGCCAUAGCAGGGGUGAUCGUAGGAGCAGUGCUUGUCCUGAUCAUGGCAAAGCUGAGAUUCCCGAAAUGCAGACAGCACGAUGAGAAUCCGCUGGAGCUGAAUGGAAUUAAACUAUAA